AUGAAUGCCCACUCCAAGGAGAUGGUGCCCCUCAUGGGCAAAAGAACCACUGCACCUGGAGGGAACCCUGCUGUACUGACAGAGAAGAGGCCAGCAGAUCUUACCCCCACCAAGAAGAGUGCACACUUCUUCCUGGAGAUAGAAGGAUUUGAGCCCAACCCCACGGUCACCAAGACCUCUCCCCCCAUCUUCUCCAAGCCGAUGGACUCCAACAUCCGGCAAUGCCUCUCUGGCAACUGUGAUGACAUGGACUCUCCCCAGUCUCCUCAGGAUGAUGUGACAGAGACCCCAUCCAAUCCCAACAGUCCCAGCGCAAACCUGGCCAAGGAAGAACAGAGGCAGAAGAAGAAGCGGCUGAAGAAGCGCAUCUUCGCGGCUGUGUCCGAGGGCUGCGUGGGGGAGCUGCGGGAACUCCUGCAGGAUCUGCAGGACCUCUGCAGGCGGCGCCGUGGCCUGGAUGUGCCUGACUUCCUCAUGCACAAGCUGACAGCCUCAGACACUGGGAAGACCUGCCUGAUGAAGGCUUUGCUCAACAUCAAUGCCAACACCAAAGAGAUUGUGCGGAUUCUGCUUGCCUUUGCUGAGGAGAACGACAUCCUGGACAGGUUCAUCAACGCCGAGUACACGGAAGAGGCCUAUGAAGUGAAGACUGGGAAUGGUCAGUGCAGAGCAGCUGCGGGAAGCAGAUCAGUAUAUGCAAAGGCCCUGAGCUUAGAGAAGAUCCCUUGUUGGAGUGAGACGCCCCUGGCCUUGGCAGCAUGUACCAACCAGCCUGAGAUUGUACAGUUGCUGAUGGAGAAUGAGCAGACAGACAUCACUUCCCAGGACUCCCGGGGAAACAACAUCCUGCACGCGCUGGUGACGGUGGCUGAGGACUUCAAGACCCAGAAUGACUUUGUUAAGCGCAUGUACGACAUGAUCCUGCUGAGGAGUGGCAACUGGGAGUUGGAGACCAUGCGCAACAAUGAUGGGCUCACGCCACUGCAGCUGGCUGCCAAGAUGGGCAAGGCUGAGAUCUUGAAGUACAUCCUGAGCCGUGAGAUCAAGGAGAAGCCUCUCCGGAGCCUGUCCAGGAAGUUCACGGACUGGGCGUAUGGGCCUGUGUCAUCCUCACUCUAUGACCUCACCAACGUAGACACGACGACGGAUAACUCUGUGCUGGAAAUCAUCGUCUACAACACCAACAUUGAUAACCGGCAUGAGAUGCUGACCCUGGAGCCUCUGCAUACACUGCUGCACACAAAAUGGAAGAAAUUUGCCAAGUACAUGUUCUUCUUGUCCUUCUGCUUCUAUUUUUUCUACAACAUCACCCUGACCCUCGUCUCUUACUACCGUCCUCGGGAAGAUGAGGAUCUCCCACACCCCUUGGCCCUGACACACAAGAUGAGUUGGCUUCAGCUUCUAGGGAGGAUGUUUGUCCUCAUCUGGGCCAUGUGCAUCUCUGUGAAAGAGGGCAUUGCCAUUUUCCUGCUGAGACCCUCCGAUCUUCAGUCCAUCCUGUCAGAUGCCUGGUUUCACUUUGUCUUUUUUGUCCAAGCUGUGCUUGUGAUACUGUCUGUAUUCUUGUACUUGUUUGCCUACAAAGAAUACCUCGCCUGCCUCGUGCUGGCCAUGGCCCUGGGCUGGGCGAACAUGCUCUACUACACAAGGGGCUUCCAGUCUAUGGGCAUGUACAGCGUCAUGAUCCAGAAGGUCAUUUUGCAUGAUGUUCUCAAGUUCUUGUUUGUUUACAUCCUGUUCUUACUUGGAUUUGGAGUAGCGCUGGCCUCACUGAUUGAGAAGUGCUCCAAGGACAAAAAGGACUGCAGUUCCUAUGGCAGCUUCAGCGACGCGGUGCUGGAGCUCUUCAAACUCACCAUAGGCCUGGGCGACCUGAACAUCCAGCAGAACUCCACCUACCCCAUCCUCUUUCUCUUCCUACUCAUCACCUAUGUCAUCCUCACCUUUGUCCUCCUCCUCAACAUGCUCAUUGCCCUGAUGGGGGAGACGGUGGAGAAUGUCUCCAAAGAAAGUGAGCGGAUCUGGCGCUUGCAGAGAGCCAGGACCAUCUUGGAGUUUGAGAAAAUGUUACCAGAAUGGCUGAGAAGCAGAUUCCGCAUGGGCGAGCUGUGCAAAGUAGCAGAUGAGGACUUCCGACUGUGUCUGCGGAUCAACGAGGUGAAGUGGACGGAAUGGAAAACGCACGUGUCCUUCCUUAAUGAAGACCCGGGGCCCAUAAGACGGACAGCAGAUUUAAACAAGAUUCAAGAUUCUUCCAGGAGCAAUAGCAAAACCACCCUCUACGCGUUUGAUGAAUUAGAUGAAUUCCCAGAAACGUCGGUGUAG